GAGUUGGCCUACGUGGCAGACGCAGGAGACAGCAGCGGCUUCAGCAGCAGUGGAGAGGCACUUCCUGUGCAGGAGCUAGCAGCAGCAGAAGAGGAGGAGGUAGGGGUGUGAGAGCCCAGGCAGCAGGCAGACACCCAGCCUGGAGGAAUUCCCCCCUGCAGCUGAGACCAUGGGCCAGAAUGACCUAAUGAGCACGGCUGAGGACUUUGCAGACCAGUUCCUGAGAGUGACGAAGCAGUACCUUCCCCACGUGGCUCGUCUGUGCCUGAUCAGCACCUUCCUGGAGGACGGGAUCCGCAUGUGGUUCCAGUGGAGCGAACAGAGGGAUUACAUUGAUGCCACGUGGAACUGUGGCUAUUUCCUGGCCUCCAUCUUUGUGUUCCUAAAUCUCUCUGGACAGCUGAGCGGCUGUAUCCUGGUGCUGAGUAGGAACUUUGUGCAGUAUGCCUGCUUCGGCUUGUUCGGAAUUAUAGCAUUACAGACCAUUGCUUACAGCAUUCUGUGGGAUCUGAAGUUCUUGAUGAGGAACCUUGCCCUUGGGGGAGGCUUGCUGCUGCUUUUGGCUGAGUCACGGUCAGAGGGGAAAAGCAUGUUUGCCGGUGUCCCCACCAUGCGGGAAAGCUCCCCCAAACAGUACAUGCAGCUGGGUGGACGUGUGCUACUGGUCCUCAUGUUCAUGACACUGCUACAUUUUGAUGUUAGCUUCUUUUCUAUUCUCCAGAACAUCGUGGGCACAGCCCUGAUUAUCUUAGUGGCGAUUGGCUUUAAGACCAAGCUGGCUGCCUUGACUCUGGUCAUCUGGCUGUUUGCCAUCAACAUCUACUUUAACGCCUUCUGGACCAUCCCAGCCUACAAGCCCAUGCAUGACUUCCUCAAGUACGACUUCUUCCAGACCAUGUCUGUCAUUGGAGGGCUUCUCCUGGUGGUGGCGCUGGGUCCUGGUGGCGUCUCCAUGGACGAGAAGAAAAAAGAGUGGUAACGGGAGCAGUGUAGCUUCUCGGGACACAACAGCUUAGGUCCAGGACUGAUUCUCUAUGGAGUCAACAAAAACUGCCGCCAUUUUACGUAUACCUGCCUCUCCCGUACCUUCCCUGUUAAAGGCACAGAUGUCUUGAGAAUUUAAUUUACAGUGGCACCAGUAAUCUGAUAAUAGAUGAUAAAUCCUACUUCUUCGAGGAACAUUGCCUAGGUUUAUUUUUUUGUCUUGUUUUUAACUUCCUAGAAUUGGAACUAAUCCAAGGAAUCCACAUUUCAGUGAGUACUUCAGUAAUGGUCUUUAAAUUUAAAGUACUGUGAGCAGAUACACAGCAGUAUCAUUCAGUGUGCUGUUAGAGUUAAAAAGGAAACAGAAAAAAUAACCAAACAAGUGAAUUCCCCACUCCCCGCAGAGAACUAAAAAUCCUCUGUGUAUAUAAAACCCAGCUGCUGGUUAGAGCAUUGUUUGUACAAUUGGAGAGUUACGCUAAGCGAAGACAUUGGUUUUAAAAAAUUACAGUAUUAUGUACCCAGGUCUGAGCAAGGGGAAGAUCCUUUCCACACCCAAAGAGACAGAGGGAGGGAGAAAGAAUGUCAGAAGCAGCUGCAUCCUUCUCUAGAUGAGGAAAAAGAGGGUUUUAUUUUCUGUAAUGAAAAUGGAAUGUCUCAUUUCUGUUCCUGAGCGGAACCGGGGGUGGGGGUGGUAUAUUGCUGGAAAGAUUUCCGUACGAUGUUGGGGGUGGGUUAGUGGGAAGGGUCUCAAGACAGACUUCAUUUUAAAAUGUACUGUACCAAAAACCAACCCUCCUUUUCAGCAUUUUCCAUCCACCAACAAAGGGGAGCAAGCCAGACAGUGAUUCCCAGAGACAGCUCCUUUCAGCAACCAACCAGUAUUUAUCUAAAUGUGGAUCCAGGUUCUUUCAAUUUGAGCAGUAACUGGUGGAACCAAUAUUUGUGGAGCUGUGAAAGACCCUGUUCCUGGUACUGAAAGGCAGAAACUCAAAUGCUGAGCAUUUCAUAAUGUAUGCAGGGUUCACAUCAUCUCACCAGUGGGUUCAGAGCAGUGUCUAAUCUUCCAGCCUAGAGCGCCCUUUGCUUUCUUGAUCCAUUUCUGCCAGUCUCUCUUGUAGAUGCAAAAAUUCCUUCCCCCCCCAAGCAACAGCAGGUACAGAACUCUCAAGGGAAAGCACCUGCUCUGGCAUCCCUACUCUAUCCCUGGGGUAGAGAAUGCUUUCCUGGACAGGCGCCAUUGUUCCUGUAUUAGACAGCAUGCAAAAAUCAGCUGUGUGAUGCCUUACUGCCCUGAUUCUCAGUCCUGUGAUUCAAAUGGCAUCUGCCUCAUUUUUGACAGUCGUAGCUAAGACUUCUAGGGAGUGGAAUAUACUUGGCAGUGUCUUAACAGCUGGGGGAGGUAACUUAUGCAUUCUAACCCUCUGCUGAGCGUUUCACUCAGAGAGGAAAUGAUUCUUUAGUUUAAGUGGGUUGAAGGGAAACAGGUCCUGACUUUGCCCCAUCAGUGUAACCUCGUCUUUCACCUCACAUCCAUCCCUGCCGGGAAGGGGCAUUUCACCCUCUGCUAGUGGACUAAAUUGAUGUUUUGUUUUGUGUUUUUGUUGGUCUUACUGACUUGGAUUCUGUGACACACUCGCCUUGUGACCUUAACUAGCAGCUCGGCAGGCCAACGGCCCUGGUUUCCUGCAUCAGUGGCUCCUUUCAGCUGCUUACAUCUCCACUUCGAAGAGCAGCCCAGCUCAGCAUCUCCAGCGGCCAGCCAGCUCCUGGGCUUUCUUCCCCAAGGAAUGCUGCUAAGCCCAUUGACCUGGACAGUGCAAUGUAACAGUCUUGCCUUUACCUUGGAAAACAGGAUUCUCAGCAGCUGGUGAUAAAUAGAAAUGCCUCCACGAAUGUUCAGCCAUUUACAUCAAUGUAAGGGAGAAUGGCCUCUGCAGUGACAGAGAGCACUAGGACUGGAGAGAUUUCUUAAAUUCAUUUAAUAGUUACCCUGUGGCUUUUUUUAUUUUUCCCCAGAGCAGGUUUUGUAGUCCCGUCCCCCCCCCAGCCCCCCAACUGCUCUUGUAGUGCCUGUGUCUUCAUUGUGCAGGAAACUAAACUUUCAGCUUCCUCCUGACGUUCAAUACAUAAAGGAUAUGACUGACUUUCACACUGCAGUUGCUACGGGCAACUGUUUAGAAUACACGCACGCCCCUUACCCGCAGCAAUAUUCUCUUCCAAACAUUCUAGCUCCUGUGGACAAUUCAAGUAUUUAUAACUUAAUAGGUAGAAACAGGUCUUGUAACUACCCCUUAAUUAGCUUCUUUAUGACUGAUCCCCUCAUUCUGCCCAGCUAAGGAGCUUGAUCACUUUGGAAGAAGAAUUGUUCAAUAUUUCAGAAACUAACUGAUCCAUGAAAUUCCUCUUUCCUGGAGAGGCUGCCUGCAGCCCCAUAGGAAGUUCAGGCAUCACAAAAUCGAUGUUCCCCUUUAGGAAAGGUAAAUGUCACUAGCCUUUGGAGCAGGGAUCUUGCAAGUACAGUACACCAUCAGCAUUAAGGAGAGGGCUUUUUUUAAAUACACUGCUCUCUUCCCGCCAGCAUGCUACUUUUUAGCCAAUGUGUCCUUUGCAAGAGGGCUAGCUGCAUCUCACGUGCACUGCUGUACUGCAUAACUUCCAGAACUGAUGCAGUGACGUCUCUAACGGUUGGAAUGCUCUCUUGAAGGCAGGAUGUAAUCUACCAAUUGGCUUGGCAAAGUGUUCUGAAUUCACUUUUUUUUUUUGCUUUAUGUGGAAAGAGAAAUAAGUAUAAAUUCUCAUUUUAUGCUGUAUUUUGUAUCUUAGUUGUGUUUGAAAAUGUUUUGAUUUUUGGAAAUCAUCAAAAUAAAACUAUGGCAUCUUUGUUGUA